AACGUUCAUUCGGCUACGAAGUUUCCAAAGUUACUCCGCAAAAGUUCCUUCCUCCACUUGCUGGUCAUUUUUAAUUCACCGCCAAAGUUGAACAAUAGCUAUAUAGCGCCGGGGAAUAAAAAAAAUGUCUUCUUCAGCCAGUUCACCGGUUUCACCAACGAGUUGGAUUCAGCAACAAUCAUCAGUUGUAGCAUCGUCUAACAAGCGUGUUGCGGUCGAGCCGCUUAACUUGUGGCCUUCGACAUCCACCUGGGCUGCCUACAGCUCUGCUUUAGCCUCUCUGUCCCUCGGCCAAAUGAACGAGAUGUCCAACAUGACCACAAAGUAUCCGUCACGCUGCUCACCACUCACGCCGACAACGCCGACCUACUCGCCAUCUUUCUCUCCCCAAUCGUCGGUCACGAACAAUUUCACGAAUCAUCCACUUGCUCAACCGGAUUCUCCUCAUUCGGUGACUGACACGAGCCCCGAUUUUUCCACCGCAUUUCCUUUGGAUUUUUGCACAACGAACGCCGGUGAUCGCUCGCCAACGUCAACCAACGCUAACAAACGUCAACUUGCUCAGCCGGAACCUCUUGCUGCCAGCCAAAAAAGGAGUAAAUCAUUCACAAUCGAUGCUAUCCUCGGCCUCGAGGAGUUCGCCGCCUCUUGUUUCGAGUCCGCCGAUGCAGCCAAAUAUUUCUCUUCGCAAGAACAUCAUCGAAGCGGAUCACCAGGUUGCCAGCAGCAGCAAAUGUCGCCGUCAGAUUCACCGCAAUCUUCUCCGCCGUCGAUGUUGCUGUCAUGCGCGUCUUCUCUGCCUGCGUCAUCGUCUUCUCCGAGAGCGAAACGAGUUCGAACCAUCUUUAGUGCGGAACAGUUAGAACGAUUGGAGGCGGAAUUCGCCCGACAACAGUACAUGGUCGGACCGGAGCGAUUGGUGUUGGCCGCCAGCCUCCGUUUGUCUGAAUCUCAGGUGAAAGUUUGGUUCCAAAACCGACGCAUCAAGUGGCGCAAGCAGCAUCUUGAAUCUCAACAGAUGAGACUCGUCACCUGGCGCCAGUUUGAAGAUCAACCGCAUUUAUCGCAAGACCAACUAGCACAUCAUCAUCUCAGGUCGGCCAAUGCAGCCGACGACGACCACUCGGAGUCAUUUUCCGAUUAAAAAUGGCUGUUUCCAUUUUCUGUUGUCCUUGUUCAAAUCGAAUGUAGAUGCUAUAUCAUUACCCAUUUCACUUGUACAUAUGUUCACCGUGGCUCUGCAAAGAGCAAAAGUCUAACGUAAUAAAAUCUUAUAUCCGUUCGACUACAAAAAAA